AUGUGCUCCCUUUAUAGUCAGUAUGGAUUCUGUGGUGUGACAGAUGAAUUCUGUGGCGAUGGCUGUCAGCCAAAUUCGGAUGGUAGUGGAUGUGGUGCUGCUCCGCGGCCAAAGGACUGUACAACGAAUACCGAUGCGCUUUCCUAUGAGCGCCGCAUUGGGUACUAUGAGCUAUUCGCUACCCAGCAUGACUGCAAUGUCUUUGAGCCUGAAGAUAUAGUAGUUGCUGGUCUAACACAUCUGAACUUGGCUUUUGUUAAUUUUGGGGACGACUUUAAAUUGCAAACGGGCGAUGGGAGCCUGAUUUAUCGCUCAUCGCUUCUAAAGGUCAACAAUCCAGGGUUACACGUCUGCAUAUCAGUUGGGGGCUGGGAUUUUAAUAACCCUCCCGACCAGACUCUUUGGUCAGAUAUGGCUAACGACUACACGAACCGACAGACGUUCAUUAGCUCUGUCGUGGACUUUCUUAAAAAGUAUGGGUUAGAUGGCAUCGACCUUGACUGGGAAUACCCCUCUGCGAGUGAUCGUGGCGGUAUCCCCUCGGAUGCAGACGCCUUCGUGCUGUUGGUGUCGGAUCUACGCGAUGCAUUCGACUCGGAAAACCCCGGAUGGACUAUUUCGGCAACGCUGCCAACCAGUUACUGGUAUCUACGAGGGUUCAACGUUGAGAGUAUGCAAAAAUAUGUAUCAUGGUUCAACUUGAUGUCAUACGACCUACAUGGUACUUGGGAUCAUGACAAUAAGUGGACUGGGCCAUAUCUCAAGGGACAUACAGACAUCACCGAGAUUGACUUAGGGCUCGAUCUUCUAUGGCGCAAUGGCGUCGAUCCCGCUAAGGUAGUGUUCGGUAUGGGCUUCUAUGGGCGUUCAUUUACUAUGGCUGACCCUAAUUGUUACGAACCUAACGGCGUUUGUGAGUUUACUACGGGUGGCCGAGCCGGUACCUGUUCCGACACGGUGGGUAUUCUCACGUAUCAGGAGAUUGCGGCACGCAAUAGCAGCUACCCUGAGCAUGUAUGUAUACCUUCGCCCUGUGGAAAGAACAAAAUCCAGAUCGGAACUGCCCUUGAUCCACCCCCAUCGCCUGCGCUUGAUUCAACAUUUCCGUUUUCCUGUGAUGGCGUUGUUGCCCCUCCAGGGAGAGAUAUGCACUAUCCUCUGUGUUGUGACUUGCAAAGUAAAUACAACAAGAAGUGGCCUGUUGACCCCGAGAAGGUCUUUCAGACAUACUAUAACAACCCUGGAGAUUCGGAUGUGAUGUGGCAAUAUAGCGACGAGUACACCAACAAUGACAAGGAUGACGGCCAGUCAAACUCCGAAGAUGGGACCGACGCCUACGGUUUCCUAAUGCUCGAUGGACCGGAAGGCUCUAUCGACAGCAGUUUCUCUACUACAAACACUAUUGUCCGCAAGGAGGCGGCAAUACCGCGUGUCAAGCGGUCACUUGUGACUUAUAACCAGACCGUCAUGGAUACCGUCUUUGAUCAUACCGAGGAAACGUUUCAGAUCUACUGCAACUUCCCCGUGGGAUCAGCCGAGUGCAAUCGAGAGGGGCCUUUUGCUCGUGUUGUUUCCAUUAAGGAACUUGUGGCGGACAAAAAAGACUUCGGUCUUCCUGCUCACCAUAUCGAACAUCGGACUCUGCAAGGAAUCCACAACACGAAUCCUGUUUAUGAGGUCAAGGUUGAUUACAACUUCUUGGCCAUAACUCCUAAGCGCGAUGAUGAGCCUGUCUACCUUCGCGUCGAUUACACGAAUUUGCUGGGGUACUGGGACGAAGUCGAAGCCGCUGACCCUGGAAAGAAAAGGAGUAAUAUGCCAAACUGGCAGUCACGCGUCAAGCGAGCAGCUGAAAGGGAUAGGGCCAUAAGGAAGAGGUCGGCUCCGAUUAAUGUCACAGUUCCUAUGGAUCCCAUUGCCGCUCGUUGUAGUAAUGGUAGUGCGGAUAUUAUUACCCGUUCUGUUGAUAAAAGGUGGUGGGGAGUAAUUGGAGACUGGAUUAAGAAGUUGACCACCGUGGAGAAGUCUGAUCUGGGCGUAAUCCCGUUAGCCUGGGGAGAUACUAUCAAUCUAUUCUCAGCUCAAUGGGGAUGUCCAGGCCAGACCUUCUCAGCAAAUCUUAGGAUGGACCUUGAAGCUAAUAUCCAGAUGGACGCCACGUAUGCAUAUUACUUCCAGGGCCAAUUUAUUCCUCCCAAGAGCCCUGAAGUUUAUGCGUAUCUAGGCAUGGAGCCUUCAGCAUAUGUCGGCCUUCACUUGGUGGGCAAUGCCAUGAUGCAAUAUACCUCGGGCAGAAAGAAGAUUAUUGAUACGCUUGCAUACCCUGGAUUAGCUGUUAAAGGCAUUGCCGCCGUUGGGCCAACAUUGGAUGUUUACGGAGAGAUUCGAGGAAAGAUCACUAUACAUGGCGAAGCAAAUGCUGGAGCAACUCUCAACUUUGGCAAAGCCGAAGUAUAUUGGCCCUCGGAUGCCGCAGAGAGCGAGAGUGCCCAACAGUUGCUCGGUCUCGAUAGUACGGCCAGAAAGCCUGCCCCCGACACAAUCGCGCCGACAUUUGAGGCGGGCGUGGAGCUCGAUGCACAACUGGAUGUAAUUGUCACGCCCGAAGCUAAUGUAGGGAUAAAAAUUGGCGGUGGAAGUCUAGUGAGCGCGACUAUUAUGGAUGCGCAGCUUACAGGAUAUGUCAUGGGUGACCUUUCAUUCCAGGCCUCGGGCCAGGCGGACACCAACACGGGAGUUUUCCAGUACAGCUAUGGCGUUUACGCUUUCUACAACAUAGGGUAUAAGGCCACGGCCGCUAUCUUGGGCCUUAUUAAUUGGGCAACAGGUCCCCAACAAGCAUAUACGCCAGAUAAGCGCAUUAAUAUAUAUGGUCCUAUAAGUGGUGAGAUCCCACUUCAUUCAAAGAGGGGACUUGAAGAGCCGCACGACACCAGCGAAAACAUAACCACGGGGUCUCGUCUCAACUUAGUGCCACGAGCCGAUGGUGAUGAUGACGGUCUGUCCCCCAAUACCCCUGACUUCACCCAGCAGCUUAGCUGUCCUCUGGGAUCAUCGGCAGACGUGAAACUGCCAGAACUCCGCUUCAAUUGUGACCUCUUCGGCCCCGUGCAGGUAUUGCCAUUCGGGUCCGGACUGUCGUAUCUACAGCGAGGCAUGUGCGAUGGUUGGAAGACCAUGUCGCCGCGCCCCACGGUGCUAACCUACUCGACCGACGGUCCUCGCAACAUGGCACGGCGGAACCAACAGUGCCCUCAAGGAUACUGUGAAAACGCUCAGAAGCAACUAAGUGAUACUACAGGACGUGACGGUAGUUCCAUAGGAAGGUUAAAACCUUUACUCGAAUGCGACGAAGCGCCUUGGGCGUCAAGCGAGGAAGGGGGAGACUACUUACCAAGUAACGAGCGCUCGGCUACUUGUGUUCCUGGAUAUCAAAAUGGAGGAUGGGGUGGAAGUUCGUGCCAGAAGAUGGUAGGCGAUUUAUCAACCAACUGGGGCCAGUUGGACCCAACCCUCGGCCUUGAUGAUUCACAGAAAGUCGACAAUUGGCUCAAAUGGAGGGCCGAUUCUGAUUCGUGGACUACAGUCAAAGCAGUGGGUGCUAACACACAGAGACCGGUAACGUAUCCCAACAACCAACCCAACCCUGACGGCAUGGCCACUCGGCCAGAUUCUCAGACAUCAUGGUUGUUUCGCCGUAACUAUACUUGGUCGCUCGCUGAGGACACAGCCGAUGCAAGCCAGUGGUGGGGUGCAACUGGCCGUGCGUUUGUUACCAAAUCCUACACUGGGCCUGCUGGAUGGGACUCCGUUUUGUGCGCCCUCAACACUUUUGGUCAGGAUAAUCUUUUUAAGAUAGAUGUAACUUCUGGUUACAACGGUUACUGUCUCCGCGGACCCCAGUACACCACCAAAGGCUGGCAAUAUGUUUACCACGCCGCGCAGUGUAAAAUCACAUUCGGCACGGUGACAAAAAGGAGUAUCAACGGCAGCGAGGCAGUGGAUGUUGAAGACGAAUGGGGUGUUCGGGAUAUUAAAUUUGUAGACACGCCCGAGGAUGAGAAGCUCUCCUUUGCGGUCCCGGUCGCUGAGCCCAACCCGUUAAACGACAUAGACAACCCCGUUAUGGAAAGAGGGAGAUCGCGAUUAUAA